UUUACCCCAUGGUUGUAAGGGGUGAAAAACGCAACCCCUAAAAUUUAUUUCCAAUGUAACUUUUUGUCUUAUUAUUUGUUUACCAUUUAAAAAUUUAUUUCCGAUAGCCUGUUUCAUUCUAAACAAAAAAUGUCUCUUGGGUUUUUUGCCCAAAAUAAACCAGUAAGCAGCAAAACAUUAUUUUACGAACAACUACAGAGAUACAUCGUCAUAAAUGCGAAAAUACGAAACUAAUCUAUCUAGUAGGUCGCUAUUAGCGAUAGUGACAAUUAAAUUGGUAUGACGCUGUCAGUUUGGGAAUUUUCGAAAUUGAAUUAAUACUAAUUGUACUAACUACAAAAUAACAAUAAAUCCAGUUCGCAUUUAUGACGAUGUAUCUCUGUAGUUGUUCGUAAAAUAAUGUUUUGCUGCUUACUGGUUUAUUUUGGGCAAAAAACCCAAGAGACAUUUUUUGUUUAGAAUGAAACAGGCUAUCGGAAAUAAAUUUUUGAAUGGUAAACAAAUAAUAAGACAAAAAGUUACAUUGGAAAUAAAUUUUAGGGGUUGCGUUUUUCACCCCUUACAACCAUGGGGUAAACCAAAUAAAUUACUGGCUAAGUGUCUUUUUGGUAGUACAAAACGUCAGGUUAAUUUCAAUAUUGUAACUUUUUCAGUGCUUGUGAAAAAAAUUGUUAUACAAAUUUUAUGUACCCCCUUUAAGGGGCUGUAUCCUAACAAGGGAUGCUCCAAUGAAGUUUCUUUAUAUGAAAGAUCCUAUCUUUUUUUCGAUGAGGAAUCACCUCCUUAAAUGUUUUACACUUAUUCAGUUACACCCUGUAUAGAGCUAAUUAUAUUUGUAGCGCCCCAAUGUCCCCCCCUCUCCACAUAGCCAUUUUGAAUUUAAUAUUUCUAUUUUAAGGUGUUAGUGAAUAUGUUGAAAAUUAUCUUUUAAAACUUCUAUCUGUCAGAACAUUGCUGUGUUGGAUAAUAUAUGUAGAAAAGUGAAUGAAAAACCUCCAUUCUCCUGAAAAUAUUCAUGAAUUUCAACGCAUGUUACUUAUAAUAAUAAUAAUGGAUCAUUGGUUCCUGAUUUAGACUUCUUUUUAUUUUUUGAGUCAAUACUUCGGGAAUUUGAUAAAUUAGAAAUUGUCUUCGUCAUAUUGUAAUUAAUAUGUUAGAAUUUAAAUAUAGUUUCUUCAAUAAAAAGAUUUUUUGUUGUAUAACAUAAAUAAAUGUUACAUCAGGCAAUAUAUAGUUAAUUUUAUAUUUCCUGAAUAAAUCUUCAAAGUUUAGUACUCAAUCUGAUUUACAUUAUAAUUUGUUCAAUUUUUUUUUUCAACAGCUACAAUUCAAAGGAUAUAUCUAACUAUCUGACAAUUUUUUUUUUGCAGUAAAAUUAGCUGAGUGUCUUGGGCAGCUUUGGUGCUUUCCAUUCACAUCUCGAAUUGAAACAUUUCAGUAUCUUAGGCACUUUUUUUUUCAUCUGCAUCUCUAAUCGAAACAUUUGAAUUGUCAUUUCUCGGCUUGUAUAAUUAGCAAUUCGACCAUGCUUACAUCUUAUAAACACAAUACUCUUAACUAAACUCAUUACUUUCUCAUUAUUUAUGUAGUGAGUAGAAUAAAUCAGAUAACACCUCUUAUGGAGCAUUCGGGAUAGUUGAAUUUAUCUUUCCGUUACAGACUUCAUCUAGCUUGUCUCUGUUUAAAGAUUCUGAAGUACGAAAAACCUCAAUAACUCUAUAAUUGGAUUCAGUUCAAACGUUAGAUACAUGGUCUCAGCUUGUGUCAUCGAUAUCUUGUCACAAUACUAAAGCACCGGAAGGCAGUUCACAAAAAAUUAUUUUCAUAUCUGGUAUCUGAUUUGCCUAACUCUUUGGGGAAGCUAGAUUUUCGCUAAGUAAUCUCUUUAGUCCAGUUAAUAUCCGUUUUUCAAAGUUAAGUUUUGGGGUAGUUUUGAUUUCUUCGAUUCAAAAUAAUUUUUGGGAUGAUGAAUUUAGUUUGUCAUGUUCGUGACACAAAAUGCGAAAAAGAAAUGCAAAAAUCAUUUAAUUUUUUUAACGGUUUUAUGAAUAGACAAUCAUUUCCCGAACCAAUUUCUGAUGUGAAAAAAUUUUCACUUAUAGAUGAUGGAAAGUUUCGUUUGUGAAGCAUUUGGAUCAACCCAUCAGGGAAACACUAAUCUCUUUUUUAUGAACGCUGGAAAACAAUGUGUUGCUAUCUCAGGUUGUGCAUUUGCAUAGCAAUCGAUAGGAGGAAAUUUCAACACUGAAACUAACGAUGCUCUCUUAUAUGCAGGUAACAGUUUGUAUUGUUCUCUAAGAAAUGAACAAACUGAGGGUAUUGAUCAAUAUUUGCAAACUGAAGAAAUAUCUGAAAAAAUUGUAAGAAUACAGGGAGAACAAAUAAGAAUUGUAGGGGUAACAAAUAUUCACAACGGUCUCUGGCCAGGAACAGCAGCCGAUGUAGAAGAAAGUGUAAGAUCUUUAGCAGAUGCACUUGAGCUCCACAUGAGUGAAGAACUCAAUGUUGGAUACCUUUUCAUAGGCCUUAUGGUUUGUGUAUCUUUCUGGCGUUAACAAGGACAAUUUUUCCUUUUCGAUUCGCAUGGUACCAACGAAAAACGAGAGCAUGAUAUCAACGAGAAAAAUAAUCGAGCACGAAUUUUUAGAUGCAAUAAUAGCCGUUCUCUUGCACGAUUACUCUUAAGAAUUGCUCCCCUGAAGGGAAAAUAUGAUGAUCAAUAUUCUAUAGAUCUCUUAAAAUUUGAACAUCUGACAGAAAUACAAGAUCAACACACAAUGGAUAUUAUUUUAAUGAAUGAAAACUUGUCCGUAACUUAUGAGCCAAAUGAUGAUAGUAUCAUAUCUACCUCUCACUUAUCCAAAUCAAAUAGUUUUACAUCAAUAGCAAACGAAACCAAAAAUGAAAGGGGAAGGCCAAAAAAAACUAAACGUGGAAGACCAAAAUCUCUUGAUACUACCCAGGAACAACAGGCUACUGCCACCAAAAAAAAAAUAUAUUAAAAAACAUCCUGAAGUUCUGAAAGCAGCAAAAGGAGAGGAUAAUUUAAAUAAUUCAAAUGUUCAGAAAAAAGCUGACAAAAUAUACAGAAGAACUAAUCCUGAGUUCCAGAAAAAUGCAUCACAAAGACAUUCAGCGAAAAAUUUGAAAAAAAACGAAGAAUAUCAAAAACGAUUCAUAGGAAAUAUUUCGGAUGAAUUUAAAAUGAGGCAUGUCCCAUCGAAAAUACGGCGUUUAUUAAAAGAUAACGGUCCAAUUUCAUAUUGGAGUGAAAGUUUGCUUCAUCUAAUAGAGCCUUACAAACUGAAAAAGUUGAGUCUCUCAGACAAAGAUAUUUAUAAAUGUCCUUACUGCAAAGCACGCUUAUAUGAAGAAGAAAGGAACAGAAAAGAAUGGUGUUGUAACAAUGGAGCAUAUAAUGUACAGAAUUUAGCUCCGCUUACAGCUUCAUUUUAUAAUGAUCGAGAAUUCCUACAUCGUUCUCGAGCGUAUAAUAAUAUGUUCGCAUUCUGUGCCACGGAAGUUAGUGGCGGAUAUCGUCAUCCAAGUGGACUAUCAUUCUUCAAAAUUGAAGGGAGAAUGUAUCACCAAGUAUAUAAUCUUAAUGCACGAGGUCAAAAAUUCACAACUACAGGAAAUCUCGCUCAAUUCGUGAACAGAACUCGUCUCUUCAUCGAUGAUGGAGAAGAGAGACGUCAUUUAGCAGAAGGACGAUCUCUUAAACGAAACGUUAUCGAUCAAAUACAUGAAUUUUUGAAUGCCACUAAUCCAUUAAUCCCUCAUUUUAAAAUUUUAGGUCAAGAACAGUCCAUACAUCGUCGGUUGAAUGCAGAACUAUUACAUGUCCAUUUUUCCCGAAAAUGGGUUUAUAGCUUAAAAUGAUACUUGAUUUGGCUCUCUAUCUCG